AUGCCUCCACCUCCUACCUCUCCAGUCACAAGUCGGCAACAGUCCAGUACCAAGACGACAAGCAAGCCGUCGACGGUGACGAAGCGACCAGGCUCGGCAGCUUCUGUCAAACGGGCACCUUCCUCCGUAGCAUCUCGAAACGGAACGCCCAAAGCACCAGCCCAUGGUGUCAGCACCAGAGUUCCGGCGACGAAGGCGAGGGGAAGCGCAGACAAGGAGGGCAGUGGUGGGAGCAGGAGUGAUGUCAAGCCUGCGAGGAGACAGUCGUCUGCGGCAGCGAUGCGAGACAAGCCUCCUAGCAAAGAUGGUACGGCGCAGAGGAAUGCCAAGGAGGUGGAAGGACUUAAGGACUUUCAACUAGGCGACUGCCUCGGUCGCGGUGCCUUUGGCUCCGUCUAUCGCGCCCUCAACUGGAGCACCGGCGAGACGGUUGCCAUAAAACAAGUCUCUACCUCCAACCUCGCCCGCGCCGAACUGACGGUGAUCAUGCAAGAGAUCGACCUUCUCAAGAACCUCAACCACCCCAACAUCGUCAAAUACCACGGCUUUGUCAAGAGUAGCGAUAACUUAUACAUCAUCCUGGAGUACUGUGAGAAUGGAAGUCUGCAUAGCAUCUGUAAGAACUUUGGCAAGUUUCCAGAGAACUUGGUCAGCCUGUACACGGCGCAGGUACUGCAGGGGCUAUUGUUUCUGCAUGAGCAGGGUGUCAUUCAUCGGGACAUCAAGGGAGCCAAUAUAUUGACUACCAAGGAAGGACUGGUGAAGCUGGCAGAUUUCGGUGUUGCGACAAAACAGGCUGAUGGGAGCAGUGUGGUGGGCACGCCAUACUGGAUGGCGCCGGAGGUCAUUGAGCUGUCAGGUGCUUCUACUGCAAGCGAUAUCUGGAGUCUUGGAUGCACUGUCAUCGAGCUUCUGGACGGCAAGCCACCGUAUCACAAGUUCGCACCUAUGCCUGCACUUUUCAGGAUUGUGAACGACGACCAUCCACCAUUGCCAGAAGGUGUCAGCCCACUUGUACGAGACUUCCUAAUGCAAUGCUUCCAGAAGGAUCCGAACUUGCGAGUCUCUGCGAAGAAGUUGCUUAGACAUCCAUGGAUAUUGUCGUCGAAGAAGGGCGAUACCAGCAAGGCCGUAAAGCACGAAGAGGCUGUCAAUCUGGUUGAAGAGUGGAAUGCCGCUCUGAAGUUCAGUCCAAAAGCUGAGAUGACUGGCAAUGGGGCACGGCGUGCCUCAGCUAAGCCUCUGUCGCGACCUGUGUCGCGAGCCAAGAGCCAAGAUCCGAAGGCGAAGCACGAGACAUCAGCUACAGUUGUACGUAGUGGCUUCCAGCUGGGGGCCAAACGCGAGCGACAGAAUGCUACAUUGUAUGCUUCGCCGGACACGGACGACAAGCGCGACAAUUGGGACAAUGACUUUGAGAGUUUGUCUACAACUUUCAAGGCUCUCCAACUGCCGGACCAUCGCAAGCCACAGGACAACUUUGCCGGUCUAUUCACAGCAGAGAAGUUGAAGCGCUAUGCUACUGAUCCAAUGCCUGAUAUGGAUGGCAAGGUAGAACAGUGGGAUGAAGAGUUUCCAGAUGGUGAGCUGACAGUCAGGUCUCCUUUACAACUGGCCAAAGGCGAUGCACUAAAAACAGUACGGCCAUUCUAUCCACCACGAGCGACAAGCGAUGACAUGAAGCACAAGCCGCCCACUGGCUUGGCCAGUCGCGGUGCAUCUGCUGACAGGCAAGAGCGUAAGGCAAGUAAAGACUCACAGCCUCGAACACAGAUCUUGCGGACUAAGCAGAUAUCAUCUGUCGCGGGAGUAAAAGCUGGACAUGCAGCCCCUGAGAACACGAAGAGAGCAAUGACAGCACCCACGACUGUCGACCGCAACCGCUACCGCGAGGAUGAAGAAGAAGACUACUCCGAUCUUGUGGCCGAAGACGAAUCGGCUUUCCAGAAGAAACUCGCUGGGUACUCACCCAGUCGCGCCUAUAAUCCGCGCGACAUCAGAAACAUCCAGACUAAGAUCGGCGGUAGUGUUCGCAGACGGACGCAUACGCCUACAAUGCUCGUGCACGACGCGGCGGCUAUGAAGCGCACGCGUAGUUCGUUGGAGAUACAGAAGUAUGCCGAGGACGAGGAAGAUGAGGACUUCGCUGAUGUGGACUUUGGUGAGGAUGCUGGCACGCCGAUGCAGUUACAGCCUGUGAAGCAACGUUCGCCACAGUCUGUGUCCGCUGGUAGCAGUGAGGGGCUUGGCGACGGCUCAGAGCAGGGUACGCUUAGGCUUGUUGGGAACGGUGGUGGUGGGUUCGGGUCGUCGUGGCCUGGUGAUGACGACGAGGAUGAUGACGAGGAUGAUCCGUUUGCCGCAUUGGAGGAGGAGCUUGAUUCGGUCGAUCUGGAAUCGAAUGUUGCAAGGGACAAGCAUGCAAGAUUAUGUAUGCUGGUCGAGGGUCUGGUAUCUGAGCUCAAGGUCUCACAAUCCGAUGAAGUGCUCAUGGAGAUCGUGGACCAGCUCAGCCAGGUCUUGGCCGAGUCGCCAGACGUGAAGAACGUGAUCGUGGCAAGUCACGGCAUGCUGCCUAUCUUGGAGAUCCUGGAGACGUGCGCACGACCGCACACUAUCCUCAGCCUGCUCAGGAUCGUGAACUACAUCAUUGGCGAGAAUGUCGAGGUGCAGGAGAAUUUGUGCUUCGUGGGCGGGAUACCGAUUGUGACGAAGUUUGCGCAUAAGAAAUUCAGUUCGGAGAUUCGACUUGAGGCUGCGGCGUUUGUGAGGAUGAUGUAUCAGACUUCUACACUGACACUGCAGAUGUUCGUCUCGUGUGGUGGGCUGAACGUCCUGGUCGAGUUUUUGGAAGAAGACUACGAUAGCGAAGCGGGUCGUGAGCUUGUUUUGCUCGGCGUCAAUGGCGUACACUCCGUCUUCGAGCUGCAAGGUCCGACACCCAAGAACGACUUCUGCAGGAUCUUCUCGCGUAGCUCGGUCCUCUAUCCACUCUCCCUAGUGCUAAGCCGCAUAUUGGACGAAGAGGACGACCUCGCCGAAGUCUUCGAGGGCAGAAUCGUCAAUAUCUUCCUCUUGUUCAGCCAAGCAGAAAACCACGUCAAGGAGACUGUGGCUGACCGCAUGGUAUUGAAGCGGGUCUUAAAGGAUUUGAAGCGCAUGACACCACAACAUCAGAUCACUAUGCUGAAGUUCAUCAAAAACUUGAGUAUGCUCGCCACAACUCUAGAUGCACUGCAAAACAGCAACGCCAUCGAGUCAUUGACCGAUCUGCUAGCCUCGAGCAUGAAGACGCCACACCCUCUACACCGUGAAGUCAGCAAUCAGGUCUUGAACACAAUGUACAACCUCUGCCGCCUCAGCAAGUCACGACAAGAGGACGCUGCACUGAACGGCCUCAUACCUCUCCUCCAACGCAUUGUCCAGACAGAACGACCAUUGAAGGAGUUCGCCUUGCCCAUAUUAUGCGAUAUGGCGCACUCCGGCAAAGUCGGCCGUAUGGUCCUCUGGCAGAACAAAGGUCUUGGCUUCUACGUAAAGCUCCUAUCGGAACCCUAUUGGGCUGUCACGGCGCUUGACGCGAUCUUCGUGUGGUUGCAGGAGGAGACGCAUAAAGUUGAGCAGCAACUGCUUUCGGAGAGUACUAAUUUCACCGAUGCUAUCGUUGGAUGCUUCAACGAGAGUAAGGCCGAUGCUUUUGAGGGUUUGCUCGAACCGCUGCAGAAAUUGUUGAGGUUGAGUAGGGGUGUGGCGGAGCGGUUGGCCGAGAGGAGGACGUGGUUUGAGAGGUGCAAGGUCAAGAUGCAUGCGAGGAAGCCUCUGGUCCGAUUGAAUCUACUGAGGAUCCUGAGGUGUCUUUGCGAGGCUCAUGAGGAGCAGGGCGGUCUUUUGAGGAGGUAUGGGUUGCUUGAGGCGGUGCAGGAAUUGGCGAAAAGUGAUCAGGCUAUCCUGGUACGCGAAAUGGCGAAGAGUGUCCUAGAGCUGGUUGAGAACGCUGGCUUCAAUGGUAAUGGCACGAGGUUGCCCGGUUUGAGAAGGAGCUCGAGUAGUGUCGUUGUGAUGACGCCUACGACUGCGGGUAUGGGCAUGGGUGGGCAAGCGGGAAGUUCGCUUCCGCCCACGCCUGGUGGUACCGGAGAUAGACAUGGCAGUCGUGGUGGCUUCUUCGACUUUGGUCUUGACGGUGCCGGACCGAGAGCGAGACCAAUGCCUGCUUCUUCGCCAUAUCGCCCCGUUAGUGGCGGCGCUGCUUCUGGCUCUGGAUCCGGUUCAGGUGGGAGUCUUCCCGCCAUGCAACCGCCGAGUGCGAAUAAAGGUAACGGCACGACACGCCUUGCUACGCAGCCACGAGCGAGUAUGGCAGGAUCGGGCUUGAGGAACCAGCAGAGUCGGUUGAGUCUAGCUACGGGUGGUCGAGAGGGUAGUAGCAGGUUUAGUCUUGCUGGCGGAGGCGAAAAAGCGAAUCGAAUCGAGGAGGACGUGGUGCAGUCUGCGACUACGCCAACGCAUGUCCCGCCUACGAGAGGUGCGAGCGCGGCUGUUGCCAAUGCCAGACGAAGACGACAGACUAGUGGUGCUGAGCUCGGUGGCAGAGGGACGUGA